AUGCCUUCAAACUUCAUCAUUUCCAUCUACGAACAGCUGGUGGUACUGGUAUGCGCUUCUGUGAUUGGCGAUUCAUUCACAAACACAUUACCCACUAACGAUGUGAAGAGCAGAUUUUCUAACGGUAAUUCGCCCACCUGUCGCAUUGGUCAUAGCCCCGAUAACACAGAGACCCUCCCACACAUCAUUUGUCACUGUCAUCCAAAUAUGCCAUCCAUUACCAAAGGACAUAAUAGCGUUCUCCAAAGACUUACAAAUGCUGUUAAUUGCGGUACAUACACAGUUGAUGAGGUCGUCCCAGGUGCUCCUGGUAUUAAUCGCCCCGAUUUAGUAAUUACAGAAAACAACAAAGUAACGAUUAUUGACGUAAUGCACCCUUUCGAGAAUGACGACAGUGCCUUAACAUCUGCUGCGUUGAGAAAAGAAGAGAAGUACAACUACCUGAUAGAUCACUUCGGUACCUUAAAUAAACAAGCCAAAGUGUUCGGUUUCGUGGUUGGUCUCCUUGGCGGUUGGUUCCCUGGAAAUGAAAGAGUAUUGGAUGAAAUUUACAUGAGUAAAUAUAGAACUUUAUUCAGAAAACUAUGUUGUGCCGUGCUAUCAAAGGCUUGACAAACAUUUAUGUUGAACACCUUACGGGUGUACCUCAAUACUAAACUUGAAAUGCAGAGUGAACAAACAGCUAUUAUUAUCAUACUUACCAUAACUUAGUCAUUCAGCCUAGAAAUAGGAACAAAACGUUAGUAGGACAUCGAACAGUUCAUUUCUGUAGUUUAUCAAUCUACUCAGUCAUUGAUGUAUAGGAAUAGGUCGUAUUUCAAGUAGCUAAGUCAUUUGAUGUAAAGAGGUUUUCUUUACUCUCGUAAUAAAAAAUUUCUGUUUUUAUCAGCUUAAUAUCUGAUAUGUUAGGGAAUGCCCAACUCGUAUAUUAAACUGAUUUUUUAUAUAUUUUUUAUAUUUUUUCUGAUAUAGCGGAUGUAAACUACCGCUAUAUCUGUUAUUAUUUCACGAUUUGGAACAUUUUGAUAUGUAUUUUGUUUAGUUAUCUGGAUUAUUUCGUGAGUUAUUCGUGUUUUAGACUUUAUAACGUACUGUCAUAAUAUUUAUACUGUUUACUUGUUGUUGGAUUCAUAUUUUACCUGUAACUUUGGCUGUUUCGACAUUGUGUGACUCAGUGAACUAUUACGUCUCCUGGUUAUCUACAUCUCCAGCAAGUUUUACGUCUGUAUCUUGUAUAAAAUUCAAACUGGAUCCAUCUUUGUGUUUUCCAACGGUCAUUUCGCUGGUCAAUUAGUAUUCUGUUUCACACUUUGGAUUAUUAUUUGGGGAAUUCCUGUUUGUUGUCAUAGUCUAGUGCGUGUGUCACAUGGUAUGUGUUAUAGACAGUGUUUAAUAUGGUUUCUCAUUUGUAAUUAUGCAAUUUUUUGGUGUAUUAUGGCAAACCAUCACUCACUCUCCUUUUGUUCAAUGUCACGAUUGCAGUUUUAUAUCUGAUUCGCAAGGUGGCCUAGGUGUUCACAGAUCUGAGUGUCAUAAAGUGUCAAUUCCUGAUAAUGUGAACACUGUUACUAUUGAAAGAAUUUUCCCUGAAGGCAAAUAGUUUUAUUGUUGUCUGUGCAAUGUCAUCAUUGGUUCUUUCCCUAAUUUUAAGCGCCAUUAUACUAACUGCCAUAAAGGUGUAUCCCUUAUUAUAUCUGCUAAAUGCUCGAUAUGCCCUAAAAAGUUCCCUGAAGCUCGAGGUGCUGGCGUUCAUUGUAAAUGUGCACAUAAUAUUGGAACUAACGACUCCUUCCCCUGUUCUCCUACCCCAGUGAUGUCGUAUGUUGCUCUUGAUGAUGAGUCAAAUAACACUACUCUCACCCCUUCAAGAAAGAGGCGAAGACAGUCAUCAAGACUAUUAGCUGAAUUGGAUACUUCGAUGUCCUGUCCUGCGUCUAGUCCUAGUAUUAAUUCCACCAGCUGCAUCUCUGAUACCUUUGAUAUCCCUCCCCCACUACAACCUUUUACUCCUCUUUCACAAUCCCUUACCCCUUCCCUUAAUUCCAUUCCUCCCCAACCUAAUUUCCCAACCGUUGGUACCGCAUCUGCUACCCACAUUGAUUCCAUUAUGUCCCAACAUAUCCUGCCUUCCCCCCGAAUUCCUCACGGUCCUAAUUCCAAAUCCCACCUUCCUGGAAUGAUAAACCUCGACCCUGAGUCAGACCCUGCUCCUCCUUCUCCCCCUAAACCCUCUGCUAGCCACCCGCUACCGGAUACCCUCCCCCCAUCCAAUUCCAAUUCCCCUUCUGCUGCACCCUCUGAACCUAUUCCUGAAGCUGAGGUCUCCUUCGUUGGUCCUACUAAUGCUGAAAAUUGUGUCCAGCAUCGAGCCCCCCAUCCGAUGUCUUCUAAUGCUGAUACUUCCGAUACGGCGGUUUCCUUAAGUGGUGAUACUGCUGAGGACAUAUUCUUUCCUCCUACCUUGCCCAACCCUCCUCCUUACCCUAAUCCAGAAUCCUCUUGUCAACCUCCCCCUACCACCAAUCUGAUUCCUCCAUCAAAUAAUACCUCCGACCCAAUUCAGAGGUUUCAUGACAAAUGGUCUGUUGUUUUCUCGGACUCUGAUAAUUGGCCUAAAUUUUCCGACAACUGCUCUGUGUUUGCAAAGGACGUGAUUGAGUGCUAAUGUUUUCCAUACGAGGAAUAACCAUGGUCCCUGUCGCCCUAACCAUCCUUGUGCUAGACCUGUUAGUAACAACAGACAUCCGCUGAGGUAUAAUCCUAUUGAAGCCAGAAGAUUACAAAGUCUUUACAGAAUCUCAAAGAAACGUGCGGCCAGGAAGGUGAUUAAUGACAACAAGCCUCCAUAUGCAGGAUCAGUUGAAGACGCUGAAAAUUUCUUCACUAACAUGUUCAGUGCUAAGUUUUGUGAUAGGGACGGUAUUAAGCGUGGUCUUAAUGACUUUGUUCCAUCUGGCCCCUCUGAUAACCAUCUUGGUGACCACGUUUCACCUAGUGAGGUCCUUAAGAAAUUACAUUCCCUCUCCAACUCCGCGCCUGGUAAAGAUCGUGUUGAGUAUCGACACCUACGAACUGUUGAUCCUAAAUGUGAAGUUCUUGUGGCGAUUUUCAACAGAUGUAUGGAUGAAAAUGAUGUGCCUGCUGAAUGGAAGGAAUCGGUGACCAUAUUUAAUUCACAAAAAGGGUGA